AUGACGAGCGACAGGUCGCAGUCACAUGACCUCGAAAAGGGCCCUACCCAGGCCAGCUACGACGAAGAAGUGCGUAUCGCGCCCACAGACCACGGCCACGAGCGGCGGCAGCUUUCGCCGCCGCUCGCGUCGCGGCUCGUCCACGCCGUCUCCGUCGACGGCGACUACGUGCAUCUGGGCGACAACACGUACCGUCGCUCCGAGCUCGCCAACGCCUUUGCAGGCGAGCUGAACCCGGGUAUCCACCAGCGUCGGCCCUCGAACUUGGCCAACCCCGUGCCCCUGGGGCUCGCCUCGUUCUCGUACUGCUGUCUCGUGCUUUCGCUGCUCAACGCGCAGGUCCGAGGCGUCACCAAUGCCAAGGUCAUCAUCAGCGCCAGUCUGUUUUUCGGCGGGUGCAUCGAGCUUUUUGCAGGCCUGUUGUGCUACCCGAUCGGCAACACAUACGCCAUGACCGUUUUCGGAUCCUUUGGCGGGUUCUGGAUCAGCUACGGGUGCAUUUUGCUCGACCAAUUUGGCAUCGUGUCGUCCUACGCGGACGAUCCGCAAAUGCUGGCCAACGCAUUGGGUUUUUUCCUCGCAGGCUGGGCCGUGUUCACGUUUCUCAUGCUACUGUGCACGCUCAAGAGUACCUGGGGACUCUUCCUACUAUUUUUCUUUCUGGAACUGACAUUUUUGAUGCUCACGAUAGGAACUUUUAUCUCUAACGACAACGUGAAGAAGGCAGGUGGAUAUUUCGGUAUACUCAGCAGCAUGUGCGGAUUUUACUCACUUUACAGUGGUGUGGCCGAUACCUCGAAUAGUUACUUUCCCGUGCGGGCCUAUUUCAUGCCCAAUGCUCCAACCGUUUAA